AAAAUUCCAGCGCGAGCUCGUGGAGGUGCUCGGUAGAAGUGUCGCUGUGCGGGUCGGUACUUCUAGGAAACUUGUUAGUGCUAGUGCGAGCCCUCUCUAAGCUUGCUGAUGCGAUACAGUUUUUUUAGCGCCAGUGGGACGCACUCUCCCUAAUUUGUCGCUAGCACUCCCCUAUCACAGCGAGCAUUUCUCACCAGUCACCUGGGACGCACAUCUCCAUCGCCACACCAUGUCCGAAGCCAUCACAAUAUCCCUCUCACAACAGGCAGGGCAUGUCACCACCCAUCUCUACAAUACCCAAGAGUCGCACAUACCCUACAAGAAAACCCAGCCGGUUCAUCACAACAAUUCAGUCUUUUUGACUACCUCCAAAAACGGUAACCAUACAAACUAUGCUCCCAGAUCUGUCGUCUACGAUUUCAAGGGUGGCUUUGGAGCCUUGAACAAGCACGAAUACCAUGAAAAGAAACCCAACUUCGAUGGAAUCUCAAAGCACGACGUCCAAUCGUAUCACACGCCUGGCGAAAAGACCGAAUAUCAGAUCAACUUGGAUAGAGGAAUCACAGAUGGCGAUGUUCUUAACGAAAACAAUACCAAGUUCUGGUCGGACUACAAUAAGUUGAUCUAUAACCCCAAAUCAUUGUUCACGCUCGAGAAUUACGUUUACAAUGGCCAGCAGAACGGAGUCCACAAGAACUUUGCCAACCUAAAGUUUUCUGCCUACAACAUCGGUAAGGAAGAGCUUAAUAGCAACGACAUAGACGACCAACUAGAUCGGUUCCGGUUCUACUUGGAACAGUGUGAUUUGUUCCAAGGCUUGAAUGUCAUUGGAGAGAUCGAUAACGGAUGGGGAGGCUUUGGAAACCAAUUGAUGGAACAGCUUCUUGAUGAAUAUUUCAACGGUGGGAUCAGCAACUCUAAAAACAGCAUAUGGUACUACGGCUUGAGCGGAGCCAAGCCAAAUCUCCAUCAAACUAUCACGAGAAUCAAGAGCACAAUUGAACUUUCGAAAAAUUCCACUUUGUUCUUGCCAAUCAAUACUGUGCCAACUACUACUCCGUUCCUUUCUGAACAGUAUUCCUCAUCAAGUUUGUGGCACACCUCAAGCUUGCCAGCGAUGUUUAUCAGCUCACUCUGGGGACUUCAGACUCAAUUGGAAAAUCUGACAUCGAUGGCAGUAAUCGAGGAGAAUUUGUUAAGAGGGUACUCCAGCAGAAAGUUUGUCAAUGAAAUUAAAUUGCACAAGAUAGAACAAGAAUCGUCGGGAAGUACGAUAUCUAAUGUGGAUAUUAAUGCUUAUUUCAAUUUGGAGCAACCUCUCCCACCGGCCGAAGCUGUGCUUGACUUGAGUGUUCGCAAUCUUCCGGUUAAAUUGAGACCACUGAAGCAAAGAAAGUUUGUCACCAAUUACGUGGUCCCUAGAAAAUCAGCUCUUAAAGACAGCCUCUCAAAGGAUGGAGUGGCGAGCAAUAUUUAUGAGAAUCACCAUUUACAGGAUAUAAUUAAAGGUGAUACGUUCCCCUCGAAGAUCUUGGGGGAUGGAGCAAAUACAGAAUAUUACAGCGAAUUUAAUAUUUCCACAUCUUUCCGGGACACCAUGAAGGGAUAUAAGGUAAUAAUUUCCAAUAUUCGCCGCAACAACGUUAUUGAGGUUGUGGAAGAAAAAGAAGAAUUGAUAGAGGACAUCAAUGGUAUCAUUGAUGAGUAUACCGUCGGGUACGAAGAUAGUGACCUGGAAGACGAGUGAAACGAGAUUUAAUAGAAAGUAUAUGGGAAAAUAUUAUUUAAA